UUGGUGAAAAGUGUAACCAGAGCGCCCUCUGGUGGCGAAUCGCACUUCCGCCAACGCGUACGCAACAUCCGGUUGUGCAGCAGCCAUUUUAUCUGUUCGGGCACGUCUACCCUGACGUUCGACAAACUGCCGUUCCACCUUGACUAAAAACACUCGAAAAUACUCACCAUGCCUUUAUUUCAACUUCAAACUUGCGUGUAAAAAUAUAUGAACAUCCCUAACUCGCGUCCGAAGAGCGGCCGACUUUUAGCGAUAAAACGCCUCGAGUAGAAACGAGAAAGAAGGCCGAACAGUAUGUCGUGCGAGGAGAGCUACUUGGCCAUCAUUCGCUAUCUGACGGACGAGCUCGAACCGUACGCCCCGGGCACGCCGGGCAACACCAAGCGGAAGAUACGCAAAGCGGCCGCCUGCUACGUGGUCCGCGGCGGCACCCUGUACUACCAGCGGCGGCUCAAGGGCCAGGACGUGUUCACCGAGCUGGAGGUGGUGCUGCGGGACGAGCGCAGGAAGGAACUGAUCGAGCGGACGCACGUCCCCGAAGGCGGGGAGCACUUGAACCAGCAGCUCACCUGGGAGAGCAUCUCGCAGAAGUACUGGUGGAGAGGUAUCCUGAAGCACGUGAAGGACCACAUCCGCGAGUGCACCACCUGCGCCAGCCGACGGGGCGCGGACGACGGCUCCGGAGGAGGCGGGCGCUCAUACGGCCGGCCGAGGAAACGCAAGGCGGCCUCCAGAGAAGAAGAGGACGACGAUGAAGAGGAGGAAGAAGAGGGCGAGGAGGGAGAAGAGGCAGAUGACGGUAUCUUCUUCACAGACCCGUCUGGUCGGAACAGACCCAAGGUGGCAAAGACUGGAGAGAAGCACGAGUUGGUCUAUGUGAACAGCAAGGGUGAGGUAAACCAGUUCCUGUCCAAGCACGGUCAGACGGUGCUGGAUAAACUCAACCACCAGCGCCUCAACAAUCAGUUCUGCGACAUCACGCUGCUGAUCGAGGGCGAGGAGUACCGGGCACACAAGGCGCUGCUGGCGGCGUGCAGCGAGUACUUCAACGAGCUCUUCUUCGAGAAGGGCGCCGCGUCCACGCACGAGGCUGUGGUCGACCUCGCCGGUUUCACCAAAGACAGCUUCCUGCCUCUGCUGGACUUCGCCUACACGUCCAUGCUGACGUUCAACUUCAACGUCAUGGCGGAGAUCGCCAACCUGGCGCGCCACCUGCUGAUGCCCGAGGUGCUGCAGAUCUGCGAGUCGGUGCACAAGCAGGUGGAGGAGCAGAGGCUGGUGGUGUACCAGCAGGGGGAAAGCCACACCGUGGUGGCCGGACAGGCGGCGGAGUCCGCCUCCGACGAGGCGGGCUCCUACACGGUCACUAUACAAAGCGACGGUAGUGCGGUGGUCACUCACGCGGGGCUCACCCAUGCUGGGCUCGCAGUGGCGGGGGAGUCUUUCGCUAUCAUGGCACCCGCGGGCACCGAGCAGCCGGUGGCGGUUACGGCCGAGGCGGUGGAGGGCGCCGAGACCCUGACGCUGAUCACGCACCAGGCGGCCCUCGUGGCCGCGGAGGGGGAUACCAUGACGGUGGUCACCCACAGCGGGCAGGCGGGCGCCACCGAGUCCCUGGCGGUGGUGUCGGCCUGCCUGGCCAUCGAGCAGCCGGACGAGGUAGAGACUUUUCUCUUAAACAUGGAGCCCGAACAAGAGAAGCCCGCAGAAGUUAAUAUGGUGUCUGCGGUCGAGCUUCAGACCCAGCUGGCAGCCGAUAUGUCAGAGUCAGCGCCCGAACCACUCGCCCCACCUCCCGCGAAACGGAAACGGGGGCGCCCGGCCAAGGUGAAGAAGGAAGUGGCGAUGGAGGUGUUUGAAUCACCACCGCCGCCGCCGCCGCCGCCGGAGGACGAGGAGGAAGAGGCGGAACCGUCCGCCGAUGACGACAAGCAGGAAGCCAACCAACGACGACUGCGGCAGCGUUCCAUUGGUGAGGGCGGCUACGCUCGCCUCCACAUGGGUCUGGACGACGACGACGACGACGUGAAGAUGGCCGCCGUGCCGCCACGUGGCGCCCCCACGCCAAAGGUCGCGAGACCUGGGAAGAGGGGGCGGCCUCCCAAGCAGCCGGAGGAGAACCCGGUGGGAGGACAACUCGGGUCGGCGGAGGACCGGGAACCGGACGCUUCUGCCGGAGACACGUGCUCGACAGAGGCCGUCGCACCGCCGGCGGCCGAGCGGGACGCCGAGGUCCCGGCUGAGGGCGGCGCGGAGGGCGAGCACACGUGCUCAGAGUGCGGCUUGUCCUUCCACCGCCGCUACGCUCUCAUCAUGCACGCCAUGAAGCACGACAAAAGUCGCGGAUACAAGUGCAGCCUGUGCAGCAAAGACUUCCAGUACGCCGCCUCUCUGCGCGCCCACCUAGCCCGCCACAAGCAGCAGAGCGGCCAGCGGGCGCCCGGCCCCAAAUCGGCGUCCUCGUCUUCGACCCUCGCCGAGGACGGCAAGGCGACGUGGCCCCCCGCCAAGCGCGAGUUCGUCUGCGACAUCUGCGGAAAGACGCUCCCCAAGCUGUACUCGCUGCGCAUCCACAUGCUGCACCACACGGGCGUGCGGCCGCACGCGUGCAAGGUCUGCGGCAAGACGUUCGCCCACAAGCACGGCCUGAAGAUGCAUCGCGCGCUCCAUGACGUCACCAAGCAGUUCCACUGUCAGUACUGUCACAAGUCCUUCGUGAGCAAGCGCAGCAUGGAGGAGCACACCAGCCUGCACACCGGUGAAUCCAAGUAUCUGUGCAACACGUGCGGGGCGACGUUCCACCGAGCGUCGGCCUUGAGCAAACACCUGAAGAAGCACAAACCCAAGCCUGACGUGCGCGCCUACGCGUGUUCUCACUGCGACAAGAGCUUCUACGAGGCCAGAGACCUGCAGCAGCACAUGAACAAGCACAUGGGCCUCAAGCCCUUCCAGUGUCAGGUGUGCGGCAAGUGCUACAGCUGGAAGAAGGACUGGUACUCGCACGUCAAGUCGCACACCGUGGCCGAACCUUUCAAGUGUAACGUGUGCGGCAAGGAGUUCUUCGAGAAGGCCCUGUUCCGGAGGCACGUGAAGAAGGCGACGCACGGCAAGAAGGGCCGCGUCAAGCAGAACCUGGAGCGCGAGUGCGAGCACUGCGGCAGGAAGUUCACGCAGCUCCGAGAGUACAGGAGGCACAUCAACAACCACCAAGGCGUGAAGCCGUUCGAGUGCGUGACGUGCGGCGUGGCGUGGGCCGACGCCCGCUCCCUGAAGCGCCACGUGCGCACGCACACGGGCGAGCGCCCCUACGUCUGCCCCAAUUGCCAGGAGGCGCACAUCGACGCGCGCACCCUGCGCAAGCACAUGUCCAAGUACCACGCCGACAGCCUGCCGGGCAAGAUCAUGCUGGAGAAGGACACGCUGCAGUUCCACAACCAGGGCACGCAGGUGGAGCACGCCGUCAGCAUCCUGGCGGCCGACCUGCCGCCCGAGCUGCGCCAGGCGCAGACGCCGGACCACGGCUCCGCCGUCGAGGAGAUCGAGACUGUGCUGAUCACCGAGGAGACGGUGGAGGCGGUGCAGGAGGCGGAGGCGGUCGACGGCUCGUUGGCCACCUUGUCCGACCAGGGCAUCAUGCAGGUGGUCAACUACGUGUUGGCGCAGCAGGCCAUGACUGGCGUCAAGCUGGAUGAGGCGCCCGACGCCAUUCAGACCAUGGAGGUGGAGGUGGCCGAGGUAGAGUAGACCUAUUUGUAUUGUAUCAUCCCGGACUUAUUAUUUUGUUAAGCCUGCACCGCUCUUUCUAUUUUAACUGUGUAAAUAGCUUUGACAAAAAUGGAGGAAUGAUGGCUUUUGGGCCCUUUCAGCCCCCCCCCCACACACACACACACACACACUUAUGUGAUGAUAAAUAAACAACACUGCAUCAUC